AUGUUGCCCCCUACAGUGCGCAGGCGCAACUACAGAGCCAGCAUCAACGUGGUCAAACUGUGGAGACUGUGUGUCAUCAACGUGCAAGCCAGACUGGUUCGCAACCAUGUGAGCAGCAUCUGCAGCACAUGGGGCCGGGAGCACUUCAAGACGUUUGACGGAGAUGUGUUUCAGUUCCCUGGCACGUGUGAGUACAACCUGGCCUCCGACUGCCAUGAGUCCUACCAGGAGUUCUCCGUGCACAUGAGGAGGAUGGUCAAAGAUGGAAACCCUACAGUCAGUCAUGUGGUGGUCACCAUCAAUGACCUUUUGUUCUACCUCAGCAAGGACAUGGUCACUGUGAAUGACAUCCCUGUCAAAUUGCCACACUUCAAUGCAGGAGUACAAGUGGAAAAAAAUGCUGGUAACAUCAAGCUCCAAUCUAAAGUCGGCAUCACUGUCAUGUGGAACGGGGACGAUGCAGUCAUGGUGGAACUGGAUACUGAUUAUGCAAACCGUACUUGUGGUCUUUGUGGAGACUUCAAUGGGGUUCCUGUCCACGAUGAGUUCAUUCAUAAUGGUCGCAAAAUCAGCCCUAUUGAGUUCGGCAACAAACAGAAAGUCCACCGUCCAAAUGAAGUUUGUGAGGAUCCGGAUGAAGAGGAGAAUGAAUCUCGGGAGGCUGUGCUGGAUUCAUGCAAGGAGUUUCAAACCACCUGUGCCCAGAUGCUGCGUUCAGAGCCUUGGAGCUCCUGCACCACACUGAUCGACCCUGAGCCGUACAUCCUGACCUGUGUGCAGGACAUGUGUGGCUGCUCCAACAGUCCAAAUGACUUCUGUGUCUGCAGCACACUCUCUGAGUUCUCCAGACAGUGUUCCCAUGCAGGGGGAACGCCUCCCAACUGGAGGACUCCGCAGUUAUGUGCCAAACAGUGCCCAUUCAACAUGGUGUAUGAAGAGAGUGGCUCCCCUUGCAUGGAUACAUGCACACUUCUCGACACAAGCUCUCUGUGUGAGGAUCACAAGAUCGACGGCUGCUUCUGUCCCCCUGGAACUGUGUUUGAUGAUAUUUCCAUGAGAGGGUGUAUUGUUCAAUCUAAGUGUCAGUGCAAACACAACAAAAUCUACAACUCUGGUGAGGUUUACCGACAGGACAGAGAGGAAUGUACAUGUGUUGAGGGUAAAUGGGCCUGUAAGAGCCUUCAGACUCCUGCUACCUGUGCAGUAGAGGAGGGCUCACAUGUGACCACCUUUGACGGGAAAACAUAUACCUUCCAUGGGGACUGCUACUACACCCUAGCCAAAGAUAAAGCAAGUCCAAAGUUUACCAUCCUGGUUCAGUUGGUGCCAUGUGCAAAUCAAGAGUUUGACACUUGCCUCAAGAGUCUUAAAAUCGUGCUGAACAAUGACAGAAACAAUGUAUUAAUGUUCACCUCCGAUGGCACAGUGAAGCAGAACAUGCAGACAGUCAGUUUGCCAUACCACUCAGGUGACAUCAACAUAUUCCACGCCUCAUCCUUCCACAUCAUGCUCCAGACAAGUUUCGGGUUGCAAAUUCAGAUCCAGCAUGUGCCCGUCAUGCAAGUCUAUGUCAGCCUUGACCAAAGCUACAGAGCAAAGACACGUGGUUUAUGCGGGAACUUCAACAUGGUCCUGUCUGAUGACAUGAAGACUCCUCAGGGGAUCGUGGAGGGAACAGCUCCCACCUUCAGUAACUCGUGGAAGGCUAACUACAUGUGUCCAGACAGAGAGGAGAGACUUGAAGACCCUUGUUCCCUCAGUGUGGAAAAUGAGUGGUACGCCAAACACUGGUGCGCCUUGCUGCUGAGUCCAGACAGCAGCUUCGCUCAGUGCCGUUCAGUGGUGGAUCCUGAGCUGUACUACAAGAGAUGUACUUAUGCUAGCUGCAACUGUGAGAAGAGUGAGGACUGUCUGUGUGCCGUCUUCUCCUCCUACGCUCGGGCUUGUGCAUCUAAGGGAGUGUUCCUGGAAGACUGGAGAGAGAAAGUGUGCGAUAAAUACUCCAGGAACUGCCCAGAGUCUCAGAUCUUCUCUUACCAGCAUCAGAGAUGCCAGCUGACCUGCAGAUCCCUCGGCUCCGUGCAGCAGAAUUGCAUUUCUGACUUCCUGCCUGUGGACGGCUGCUCCUGCCCUGACGGUCUCUACCUCAAUGAAAACGGCAUCUGUAUCCCCAAGGCAAAAUGUCCCUGCUACCAUAACGAAGUCUACAUCAAGUCAGGAAAGUCCAUCAGCAUCAAAGAUGAGCACUGUGUAUGUAACAAUGGAAUGCUUCAUUGCCAUUCUUGGAGAGCCCGCUCAUCAACAUGCCCUUCUCCAAAACAAUUCUUCAACUGCUCUGCUGCUGGCUCAGGGGACCUGGGCCUGCACUGUGCUCCAACGUGUCUGAAUCUGGACAGCGAUGAUUGCGACUCCACUGAGUGUGAAUCUGGCUGUCGGUGUCCAGCUGGCCUUCUCGAUGAUGGCAAAGAUUCCUGUGUGCAAAGAAAUCAGUGCACAUGUAAGCACGAUGGCCAUAUCUAUGCCCCUGGAUCAGAAAUCCCCGAGCAGUGCAACACCUGUACCUGCAAAAGUGGAAGCUGGGUGUGCAGCGAGAAAAAAUGCCCACAAACUUGCACUAUUUAUGGGAGUGGCCACUACAAUACAUUUGAUCAGCAGACAUAUGGGUUUAAUGGAGAUUGUGCCUAUGUUGCUGUGAAGAACAAAUGUGGCAAUAAAACAGUGCAGGACAGCUUUGGGGUCAUCACAGAAAAUGAACCUUGUGGAACUACAGGCACCACAUGCUCCAAAACUGUCAGAAUCUAUCUGGGGCGAAUGGAAAUUAAAUUAUCGAAGGGUAAAUAUGAAGAGUUGAACCUGGGCCAGGGUGCUGAGAUUCAGUACAGAAUACGAAGGGUUGGCUUGUUUGUGGUGAUAGAAUCAGCCAUUGGUCUGUCGGUGAUGUGGGAUGGAAAAACAACUGUUCGCAUUAUCCUGGAACCAAUGCACAGUGGAGAGGUGUGUGGUCUGUGUGGAGAUUUUGAUGGAGAUGGACAGAACGACUUCACCACCCAGGGUCAUCUGGUAGUAAGCAAUCCUGUAGAAUUCGCAAACAGCUGGAAAGUGUCAAGCAAUUGCCCAGAUGUGGAUACGAAUGCUGACCCUUGUGGCGCAAAACCUAAUCGACAUCACUGGGCAAAAAUGAUGUGCAGCAUUAUAACUGGGAAUACGUUCAAACAUUGCCACAAUAAGGUUGCUCCCCUUCCAUAUUAUGAAAACUGUGUGAAAGACUCAUGUGCCUGCGACUCUGGAGGAGACUGUGAAUGUUUCUGCUCAGCAGUCGCAGCUUAUGCUCAAGCGUGUAAUGAGGCUUCUGUAUGUGUUGCAUGGAGAACUCCAGAAAUCUGUCCUGUUUUUUGUGAUUACUACAACAACCCAGGUGAAUGCAAGUGGCACUACAAUCCUUGCCACAAACCUUGCUACAAGACCUGUAUGAAUCCAGAAGAAAAUUGCAGCAAACCUUUACCCAACCUAGAAGGCUGCUACCCUGUAUGCCCAGAAGAUACGCCGAUAUUUGAUGAAGACACUGGGUUGUGUGUGGAGGAAUGUCCUGAUUGCUAUUACAACAAUACUAGAUACGAGGAAGAGGAAGUUAUUUUCAAUGCCACUGACAAUAUGGGAAUGUGCUACUAUGCAAUAUGCAGGAAUGCGACAGUGAUAUUUGAAAAUGAAACUUGCAUAUCUACAACUGUCCCAACAACAACAAUUGCCACCACCAUACCUGUUACAACACCAACCGAACCUCCGACAACAACCACAGUAUAUACAACCACCACCACAGCAUCUACAACAAUAACUCAAACACCAACCACCACCACAGAAUCUACAACCCCACCCACUGAACCCACUACAACAACUGCAACACCAACCACAACCACAGCAUCUACAACCCCACCCACUGAACCCACUACAACAACUUUAGCACCCACAACAACCACAGAAUCAACAACCCCACCCACUGAACCCACUACAACAACUGUAGCACCCACAACAACCACAAUAUCUACAACCCCACCCACUGAACCCACUACAACAACAACUGUAGCACCCACAACAACCACAGAAUCAACCACCCCACCCACUGAACCCACUGCAACAACUGUAGCACCCACAACAACCACAGAAUCAACAACCCCACCCACUGAACCCACUACAACAACAACUGUAGUACCCACAACAACCACAGAAUCUACAACCCCACCCACUGAACCCACUGCAACAACUGUAGCACCAACAACAACCACAGCAUCUACAACCCCACCAACUGAACCCACUACAACAACAAAUGAACCACCAGCCACUACCACAACAUAUAUAACCCCACCAAAUGAAUCCACUACACCUUGUAUUAAAACAUGUGAGUGGUCAGAGUGGUACGAUGUGCAUAACCCAUUAGAGGACGGAAGUGACUGGGAAACAUAUGAGAACAUCACAAAUAGUGGUAUACAAAUGUGUGAAACUCCCACAGAAAUUGAUUGUAGAGCAACAAAUCAUCCUGAAAUGGACUUCAAUGACUUUGUAACUCAAACUGGCCAAAAGGUUUCUUGUGAUCUAGGAGUCGGUUUAAUAUGUAGAAAGGAGGACCAAUUUAGACCUCCACGGAAAUGUUUCAACUAUAAGAUCAGAGUAUGUUGUGAAGUAGAUACAUGUGAGCCCACUACAACAACUGAAACAACAACAACAACAACUGUAGCACCCACAACAACCACAGAAUCUACAACCCCACCCACUGAACCCACUACAACAACUGUAGUACCCCCAACAACCACAGAAUCUACAACCCCACCCACUGAACCUACUACAACAACUGAAACACCAACCACCACCACAGAAUCUACAACCCCACCCACUGAACCCACUACAACAACUGUAGCACCCACAACAACCACGGAAUCUACAACCCCACCCACUGAACCAACUACAAUAACUCAAACACCAACCACCACCACAGAAUCUACAACCACACCUACUGAACCCACUACAACAACUGCAACACCAACCACUAGCACAGCAUCUACAACCCCACCCACUGAACCUACUACAACAACUGCAACACCAACUACAACCACUGCAUCGACAACCCCACCUAUUGAACCCACUACAACAACUGUAGCACCCACAACAACCACAGCAUCUACAACCCCACCCACUGAACCCACUACAACAACUGGAACACCAACUACAACCACUGAAUCGACAACCCCAUCAACUAAACCCACUACAACAACUGAAACACCAACCACAACCACAGAAUUGACAACCACACCAACUAAACCCACAACAACAACAACAACUGAAACACCAACAAAAACUACAGAAUCUACAACCCCACCCCCUGAACCCACUACAACACAUGCAACACCAACUACAACCACACAAUCUACAACACCACCCACUGAACCCACUACAACAACUUUAGCACCCACAACAACCACAGAAUCAACAACCCCACCCACUGAACCCACUACAACAAUUGUAGCACCCACAACAACCACAAUAUCUACAACCCCACCCACUGAACCCACUACAACAACAACUGUAGCACCCACAACAACCACAGAAUCAACCACCCCACCCACUGAACCCACUGCAACAACUGUAGCACCCACAACAACCACAGAAUCAACAACCCCACCCACUGAACCCACUACAACAACAACUGUAGUACCCACAACAACCACAGAAUCUACAACCCCACCCACUGAACCCACUGCAACAACUGUAGCACCAACAACAACCACAGCAUCUACAACCCCACCAACUGAACCCACUACAACAACAAAUGAACCACCAGCCACUACCACAACAUAUAUAACCCCACCAAAUGAAUCCACUACACCUUGUAUUAAAACAUGUGAGUGGUCAGAGUGGUACGAUGUGCAUAACCCAUUAGAGGACGGAAGUGACUGGGAAACAUAUGAGAACAUCACAAAUAGUGGUAUACAAAUGUGUGAAACUCCCACAGAAAUUGAUUGUAGAACAACAAAUCAUCCUGAAAUGGACUUCAAUGACUUUGUAACUCAAACUGGCCAAAAGGUUUCUUGUGAUCUAGGAGUCGGUUUAAUAUGUAGAAAGGAGGACCAAUUUAGACCUCCACGGAAAUGUUUCAACUAUAAGAUCAGAGUAUGUUGUGAAGUAGAUACAUGUGAGCCCACUACAACAACUGAAACAACAACAACAACAACAACAACAACAACAACAACAACAACAACAACUGUAGCACCCACAACAACCACAGAAUCUACAACCCGACCCACUGAACCCACUACAACAACUGUAGUACCCCCAACAACCACAGAAUCUACAACCCCACCCACUGAACCUACUACAACAACUGAAACACCAACCACCACCACAGAAUCUACAACCCCACCCACUGAACCCACUACAACAACUGUAGCACCCACAACAACCACGGAAUCUACAACCCCACCCACUGAACCAACUACAAUAACUCAAACACCAACCACCACCACAGAAUCUACAACCACACCCACUGAACCCACUACAACAACUGCAACACCAACCACUAGCACAGCAUCGACAACCCCAUCAACUAAACCCACUACAACAACUGAAACACCAACCACAACCACAGAAUUGACAACCACACCAACUAAACCCACAACAACAACAACAACUGAAACACCAACAAAAACUACAGAAUCUACAACCCCACCCCCUGAACCCACUACAACACAUGCAACACCAACUACAACCACACAAUCUACAACACCACCCACUGAACCCACUACAACAAGUGCAACACCAACUACAACCACUGAAUCUACAACACCACCCACUGAACCCACUAAAACAACUGCAAAACCAACCACAGCAUCUACAACCCCAACUAUUGAACCCACUACAACAACUCAAACACCAACCACAAACAUAGCAUCUACAACCCCACCCACUGAACCCACUACAACAACUGCAACACCAACUACAACCACUGAAUCGACCACCCCACCUUUUGAACCCACUUCUACAGUUAAAACACCAACCACAACCACAGCAUCUACAACCCUACCCAGUGAACCAACUACAACACCUGCAACACCAACCAAAACUACAGAAUCUACAACCCUAUCAACUAAACCCACUACAAUAACUCAAACACCAACCACAACCACAGAAUUGACAACCACAUCAACUAAACCCACAACAAAAACAACAACUGAAACACCAACGAAAACUACAGAAUCUACAACCCCACCCCCUGAACCCACUACAACAACUGCAACACCAACCACCACCACAGCAUCUACAACCACACCAACUAAACCCACUACAACAACUGAAGCACCAACUACAGAAUCUACAACAACACCCACUGAACCCACUACAACAACUGCUACACCAACCACAGGAUCUACAAACCCACCUAUUGAACCCACUACAACAACUGAAACACCAAACACAGCAUCUACAACCCCACCCACUGAACCCACUACAACAACUGCAACACCAACUACAACCACUGAAUCGACAACCCCACCUAUUGAACCCACUUCUACAGUUGAAACACCAACCACAACCACAGCAUCUACAACCCUACCCACUGAACCCACUACAAUAACUGAAACACCAACCACAACCACAGAAUUAACAACCCCAACGACUAAACCCACAACAACAACAUCUGAAACACCAACCAAAACUACAGAAUUGACAACCCCACGCCCUGAACCCACUACAACAACUGCAACACCAACCACCACCACAGCAUCUACAACCCCACCAACUAAACCCACAACAACAACAACAACAACAACAACAACAACUGAAACACCAACCAAAACUACAGAAUCUACAUCCCCACCCCCUGAACCCACUACAACAACUGCAACACCAACCACCACCACAGCAUCUACAACCGCAUCCCCUGAACCCACUACAACACCUGAAACACUAACCACAACCACAGAAUCUACAACCCUACCCCCUGAACCCACUACAACAACUCAAACACCAACCACAACCACAGAAUCUACAACCGCACCCCCUGAACCCACUACAACACCUGAAACACCAACCACAACCACAGAAUCUACAACCCCACCCCCUGAACCCACUACAACAACUCAAACACCAACCACAACCACAGAAUCUACAACCCCACCCACUGAACCAACUGCAACAACUGAAACACCAACCACAACCACAGAAUUGACAACCCCACCAACUAAACCCACAACAACUGAAACACCAACCACCACCACAGCAUCUACAACCCCACCCCCUGAACCCACUACAACACCUGAAACACCAACCACAACCACAUCAUCUACAACCACACCCCCUGAACCCACUACAACAACAACUGCAACACCAACCACCACCACAGCAUCUACAACCCCACCAACUAAACCCACUACAACAACUGAAACACCAACCACAACCACAGAAUCUACAACCCCACCCACUGAACCAACUACAACACCUACAACACCAACCAAAACUACAGGAUCUACAACCCCACCAACUAAACCCACUACAACAACAACUGCAACACCAACCACAACCACAGAAUUGACAACCCCACCAACUAAACCCACAACAACAACAAUUGAAACACCAACCAAAACUACAGCAUCUACAACCCCACCCCCUGAACCCACUACAACAACUGCAACACCAACCACCACCACAGCAUCUACAACCCCACCCCCUGAACCCACUACAACACCUACAACACCAACCAAAACUACAGGAUCUACAACCCCACCAACUGAACCCACUACAACAACUGCAACACCAACCACCACCACAGAAUCUACAACCCCACCCCCUGAACCCACUACAACAACUCAAACACCAACCACAACCACAGAAUCUACAACCCCACCCACUGAACCAACUGCAACAACUGAAACACCAACCACAACCACAGAAUUGACAACCCCACCAACUAAACCCACAACAACUGAAACACCAACCACCACCACAGCAUCUACAACCCCACCCCCUGAACCCACUACAACACCUGAAACACCAACCACAACCACAUCAUCUACAACCCACACCCCCUGAACCACUACAACAACAACUGCAACACCAACCACCACCACAGCAUCUACAACCCCACCAACUAAACCCACUACAACAACUGAAACACCAACCACAACCACAGAAUCUACAACCCCACCCACUGAACCAACUACAACACCUACAACACCAACCAAAACUACAGGAUCUACAACCCCACCAACUAAACCCACUACAACAACAACUGCAACACCAACCACAACCACAGAAUUGACAACCCCACCAACUAAACCCACAACAACAACAAUUGAAACACCAACCAAAACUACAGCAUCUACAACCCCACCCCCUGAACCCACUACAACAACUGCAACACCAACCACCACCACAGCAUCUACAACCCCACCCCCUGAACCCACUACAACACCUACAACACCAACCAAAACUACAGGAUCUACAACCCCACCAACUGAACCCACUACAACAACUGCAACACCAACCACCACCACAGCAUCUACAACCCCACCCCCUAAACCCACUACAACAACUGAAACACCAACCACAACCACAGAAUUGACAACCCCACCAACUAAACCUACCACUACAACAACUGGAACAUCAACUACAACCACAGCAUCCACAACCCCACCAUCUGAACCUACAACUAAAGCUGAAACACCAACCACAACGACAAUACCUGAAACUGGCCCCACUUUAUCAACAUCAACGCCAGCAAUUUCACCAACUCAAGAACUUAUCAUUGCAACUACAGAAUGUUUCUGUAUAUUUAAUGGAAGUCAUUAUAGGCCAGGGGAGGUCAUACCAGGCAUCGAACACAUCGGAUCCAAUAUAUGUCUCACAAUGAUUUGUUCGGAUAUUUGUGAGAUUCACAAGGAGCCUGUACUUUGCUCAACCACAACCAUGCCUACAACGACACCCACGACUUCUAUACCUACCUGCCCUGAAUGGGAUGUAGCACAAAAUGAGACGUUCUUAUUAUGUAACUGCACUAUGGCUAAAUGCAUUGAGAACAACACCAUUGAAAUCGUUCCAUAUGAAUGUCCACCCCUUGAGAUGAUCACUUGUGCCAAUGGAAAGAAACCAGUUCUUGUGGAUGAUGAAUACAAAUGCUGCAAGCUUUACGUUUGUGACUGUGUAUGUGAAGGCUGGGGAGAUCCUCAUUACAUCACAUUUGAUGGAUUAUUCUACAGUUAUCAAGGAAACUGUACUUACGUUUUGAUGGAAGAGAUUUCCCCAAAACAUAAGUUGAACAUUUAUAUUGACAAUGUCUAUUGUGAUCCCACUGAAGAUGUUUCUUGUCCGCGAUCAAUAAUUAUAUCAUUCCAAUCCGAAGUUUUCACACUCAUUAAUCAUAACCUUCUUGGAGCAGCGCAGCUGGAGGCACAUAAAAAUGGGAUACGUCUGAAACUACCUUAUGCCCAACAAGGUGUUAAGAUCCUGGAUACUGGCAUCAACUUGGUUCUGGAAAUCCCUCGACUUAAAGUGGUCAUUACAUUUGGAAUAACUGGCUUUAGUGUCACCCUUCCAUAUAGUAACUUUGGCAGCAACACACAGGGGCAUUGUGGCACAUGCAAUAACAACCAGGCUGAUGACUGCAAGUUGCCUGGAGGUCAGCUGGUCGAAGAUUGUGCAGUGAUGGCCGACUUUUGGCCUGCAAAACACAUUGAACAACCUGACUGCCAAAUACCAUCUGUACCACCCACCAAUAAACCUGGACCUCCACCAAUUGUAACUCCCUGCAAGCCAGACUCCAUAUGUCACCUUCUUAAGAGCAGAGUCUUUGAAGCGUGCCAUCCAGUUGUCUCUCCUGACAAUUUCUACCAAGGUUGUGUUUUUGACAGCUGUCAUGUUUCCAACCCAGCAGUGGAGUGCACAAGUCUGCAGACUUAUGCUGCUGCCUGUGCGCAGGCUGGGGUUUGCCUGUACUGGAGAAACUACACCACUUUGUGUGAAAGUGACUGCCCUUCAAACAAAGUUUACAAGCCAUGUGGUCCUGCAGAACAGCCAACCUGUGAAGACAAUUCUAAUGAACCAAGAAUGAACUACACUACUGAGGGCUGCUUUUGUCCUGAUGGAAUGAAACUAUUUAACAAGGAGUCUGGCAUAUGUGUUGAUAAGUGCGGAUGUCUUGAUCCUGAGGGAAAUCCUCGUGAGUUCAAUGAGCGGUUUGAGUACAAAUGCCAAAGCUGCAUCUGUGACGAGUCCACCAAGACUGUCUCUUGCAAGCCUAAAGAGUGCCCAACUGCACCGGUUACAAGCUGCAUGGGUCCCGGGUUUGUCCUUGUCAACACAACUAAUCCAUCAGACCCCUGCUGUUCUGCCUUUGUUUGUGAAUGUCACAGCAACACUUGCCCACCUACAAACAUGAACUGUCUUGUAGGAUAUAUUCCAGUUGUCAGUGUUCCUGAGGGGAAAUGCUGUCCAGAACAUAUAUGUGAACCAAAAAGAGUAUGUGUCCACAAAAACUCUGAAUACCAGCCUGGCUCUUUAGUUCCUGUAGCACCAUGCCAGGAUUGUCUCUGUACCAAUGAGGUGGACCAAGAUUCUAAACUAUUCAAGAUAACAUGUGAAUUGCAGAAAUGUAAAACAGACUGUGGCAUGGGAUAUGAAUAUCUGGUACCUGAUUCAGAUGAGUGCUGUGGAAAAUGUGUGCAGACCCACUGUGUUGUCAGUCUAAACGAAACUAAACAGCUCUUGAAGCCAGGAGAUACCUGGUCACCACCUGAGAAUAAGUGUCAGCAUUACACCUGUGUUGAGGUUGGUGAUACUUUAACGACGUUCAAUUCCCAUAUUGUGUGCCCACCAUUUCAACAGAGCAACUGCAUACCUGGCACAGUUCAGACUUCAGCAGAUGGCUGUUGUAAAAUUUGUUUGGAGAGGGAGAAGGGCUGCAAGACUGUUUCCACAAAGACAUUUGUUAUGCACAAGGGCUGUCAGUCAUACAAUGAGGUAGAAAUACCAUAUUGUGAAGGAACGUGCAACACUUUCACCAAGUACUCUAAAGCAGCAGCAGCUAUGCAGCAUUCUUGCUCCUGCUGUAGGGAGACCCGCUCCAGCAAUCGCACCAUUGACCUGCACUGCUUGAAUGGAGAUGUGGUUCCCUACACGUACAUCCAUGUGGAAGAGUGUGGCUGCGGACACACAGAUUGCACUUCAGCGGCUGCACUACCUGCUCGCAGGAGGCGAAGCUCCACACUGGUGUGAAAGAAACGUCACUCGUCACAUUAAUGGAUAGACUGUAAAAGUCUCUUUUCCCAUACUGUCUUAACAAUCAUUCUAUUUCUUUUAAAUCAAUUGCCUUUGUAGAGAUAAUAUUUAUCAUUUACUCUAAUAAAAGUAUGCAACUCGA